UAUAUGGGUGUGAUGUGUUCAGUUUCACAAGAGUCCAUGUGAGUGGUUACCCGUACAGAAGCACAGGUUGGUAGGUGGGGGCCUGAACAUAAUCUGGCCACCGGGUCCCUGGUUGAUAGGCUCCGUAAUGUUGCAUUGGGUACAUGGAUCUGGCUGGGACAUCCAUAUUGUAGCAGGCUGGAUUACCAAACUCAUCAUAGGUGAAUAACUUUGGUGGUCGUCGUUCCCUCUUUGAGCGUUCUUGUGCUUGUCUGUUGUCACUGUGGCUUUCAUGUGCAGGGAGUGACAGAGGUGGCAGCACAGGGUCAUUUCCAAGAAUUCCAAGUCUCUCAGGUGCCUCAUCGCUAUUCAGCAAAUCAAUCCUGCUGUGAUCCUCCUCCGGCUGUAGCAGUCUUUCCUGUUCCUCUCCUUGUUUGUCAUGUGUUCUUGUAGGUUCAGUGCCUACCGACUGGCCAGUAUGCUCCUCUUCAUUACAUGUCUGCGGCUGUGCAUCUUGAGGAGGUUGUGGAGGUAGGUAAUAAAACCAGUCAUCCUCUGAGUCCUCAUCACUGUCAUCCUCUUGCUGAGUAUUGAUCGUCCCCUCAUUUGUCGUUUUUUUUCUCUGCGGUCUAGCAACUUUUAGGGGAACUUCCAAGGGCAGGUGAUCGCACGGGAGCAAGAGAUUGCGGUGUAAUAUCCUGUUAUCUCUCCCUUUUCCUUGUUCCGGUACAACUUCGUAAACUGGAGCAUCCUUAUUCACCCUACGAACAACCUUGUGGAUAAUUUCCUCCCAAUGGCUGCGUAGCUUGCCAGUUCCUCCUCUUGGGGUCAAGUUCCUGACCAGAACACGGUCUCCUGGUUCCAACUCUGAGCUCCUCACUUUGCGAUCAUGGUUUCUUUUUCCUCUUUCAGCUGACUUUUUUGCAUUGUUCUUUGUAAUUUCGUAGGCUUCCUGCAUCCCUUUUCGCCACUUCCGCAUGUACUCUCUGUGGUCAGGUGUACCUGUUGCUGGUGUCAGUCGGAAGAGUAUGUCGACAGGUAGUCUUGGCGUCCUCCCAAAAAGAAGAUAAAAUGGAGAAAAGCCAGUGACUUCACAUCUUGUACUAUUAUAUGCAAAAACCAACUUAUUCAAUGAGUCUUUCCAGCUUGAUUUCUCUUUUUCUGUCAGUGUUCUCAGCAUCUGUAUGAGUGUACGAUUAAAACGUUCGACUUGUCCAUUUCCUUCAGGGUGGUAGGGCGUUGUUCGCGAACCUAACACUCCAGAGGUCUUUUUCAGCUGUGCUAUGAGCUGGUUUUGAAAUUCACCACCUUGAUCAUGAUGGAUACGUUGAGGGAAUCCAAAUUUCAGUGCAUAAUCAUUGAAAAGUUUAUCUGCCACUGUUUUUGCUGACUUGUUGGUUGUAGCGUACGCUUGGGCAAAUCUUGAGAAAUGGUCAAUAAUUACCAAAAUGUACUCAUACCCGCCUGCACUCUGGUCAACAUGUAGAAAAUCAAUGGAGACUAACUCAAAGGGCUGAGUUGUGACAAUGUUGGUUAUGGGUGCCUUAAUCUCUCGGCUGGGCUUCUUGUUUUUCAAACAUGAACAGCUUCGAGCCACAUAGUGUUGAAUGUCCUGUUGCAUAUAGGGCCAAAAGAAGCGUUCUCUUACCAGCGAUGUGGUUCGGUCAAUCCCUUGGUGCCCCAUAUCAUCAUGCAGCUCCUUCAGAACAGUUGCUUUGUACUUUUCUGGCAAAACGAGCUGUGUUCGUGUAGCUGUUUUUCGACGCAGGACGCCGUCAUCAUCCAAGGUAAGUUUUUCCCAUUCACUCAUCAGUCUUUUACUCUGCGCACUGAAUGAUUUUAACUGUUUGUUUUCAGGUCUCUUAUUUAACUGACGACACUCCAUCACUGGGCCGAUAUUUUUAUCUUCCUUCUGAGCAUGACAAAUCUUCGCUAGCGAGAGAGGCUGAUGUUCUGGCUUGUUGAUGUCUUUACACUGAGCAGACAGAGCCAUGGACCACACUGUGUUAGAAUUUGGGUCCUCAAUUGACUGUACGACUGCUUGUACCGAACGAGAUGACAUUUCCUCAGUACAGUCUUUAAACAUUGUCUCAAUAUCCAAUGGCAUCCUCGAGAGUGUGUCGGCAUCAACGUUUUCUUUUCCUGGCCUGUAUCGAAUGGUGAGGUGAAAAUCCGCUAAUUCAGCAACCCACCUGCAUCCAGUUGCAUUUAGUUUAGCUGUAGACAAGACAUAUGUGAGCGGAUUAUUGUCCGUGUACACAGUGCAUGAUGAACUGAUCAAAUAGUCCCUGAAUUUUUCACACACGGCCCACUUAAGGGCGAGGAACUCUAGUUUUCCAGAAUGAAAAUGGUAGUUCUUCUCGGAUGUGGUGAGGGCUCUGGACGCAUAUGCUAUUACACGCAGUUUUUCUUCCUGUUCCUGAUACAAAACUGCACCCAGGCCCAGGUUGGAAGCGUCUGUGUGUAAAACAAAAGGUUUGUUAAAGUCAGGAAAGGCAAGGAUUGGUGGUUCAACUAAGUGGUCCAACAGUUCCUCAAGUAAGUGUUGAUGUUUUUCUGUCCAUACAAUGGGCUGGUUGGAUGGCGCGCCAUUGUGUUUUCUUGUAAGCUGUCUUGUUCUUUUAGCACGUUCGUCAGUCUUUUGUACAUCAGCAGGGGUUCUCAUGAGGUCAUAGAGAGGGGCAGCGAUUUGAGAAAAAUCCCGAAUAUACUGACGGUAAUAACUCAGGAGACCCAUGAUAGCUCUUAAUUCUCCCACAUUGGUUGGUGGCUUGUUUUUUAGGGCUCUGACAGCUAUGGUGUCAGCAGGGUCCAUUUUGCUACCCUCUGCUGAAAUGACCCGCCCAAGAUAGCGAACCUCUCGUCGAAACAUCUCACAUUUGGACGGCUUCAACUUUAUACCGUUCUCUCUCAGGCGCCUCAGCACAGUUCUGACAUUUUCAACAUGGCUUUCAAAUGACUGACUGAACACAAGGACAUCGUCAAGAUAUGGUACACAAAUGUCAUCUCGAACCCCCUCAAGACAUUCUUCCAUGCACCUCUGGAAGGCAGCCGGUGCAUUCAUUAGGCCAAAAGGGAUUCGAAUCCAUUCAUAUAAACCCCAGGGGGUCACAAAAGCAGUGAGGGGGCGACUCUCUUCUGCCAUGAACCCCUGGUGGUAGGCUUUCCCCUGGUCUAAGAGUGAAAACCAGGAGUUGCCACCCAGGCCAUCCAUGAUGUCCUGCACCCUGGGGAUGGGCUGACGGUCUGGUACAGUCUUACGAUUUAACUCACGGAAGUCUAUACACAGUCGUAAGCUCCCAUCCUUUUUCCGGACACACACAACUGGGGACGCGUAGGGGGAGUUUGAUUUGCGCACCCAACCUUGUGUGAUGAGAUCAUGUAGGUAGCUUUUCAUUUCCUGAUACAGUGGUUUUGGUACAGAGAGGUAGGUCUUGGCCACUGGCUCUGUGUCUUUCAGUGAGAUGGUGAGCUGCAGAUUCUCAAUACAGCCGAUGUCGUCAUCAGAGUUUGAGAAGGAGCCUGACUCUUCUUUUAACAUUUGUUUCACUCUUUCUUUUUCAGGUGAGCUGAGAUGAUCCAAGUUGACUGGGGGAUCCCAUUCACCACCAGAAGCUUUUUCAUUCCUUACUCCCACAUUACUCACUGUUACUGGAGGGGUGGUGCAGGGCCGUUCAAAGACUGUCGCUGGAUAAACUGCUUGAACUUGCUGUACCGUCCCAAUAACAGUUCUGCCAGUGAGCACGAUGUCAUGAUCUGUUGGGUUUUGCACGUCGACAAGUAUGAAUGGUUUUGCAGCCUUCCUCAACAUCACAACAGUGUCAGUAAACUCAAGGCCCUCUGGCCAUUGUGGAUUAACACUAGGCUCAAAGAUCAGCGUUGUCUCCUUUUGUAAAGGUGCAGUCAAAACUCGACACUCUACUUUUACAGAGGUGUGUCUGGGGAUGUGCACUCGCUCUCUGGUCGUCUUAACUGCAUACUCCCGAGGUUGCUGCUCAGCAGUAAUUUGCUCUAAAAAAACUUCAGCCUGAUCCAUCCCAAAGCCAGGAAAAGCUGCUUGGACAGUUUUGAUUAGCUGCUGUUUAUUGGUGGCAUUAUCCUGCUGCAGUUCAGUAGCAACUAUCAGUCCAAUCACAUUUGAGCCAAUGAUAGGUUGAGAAAGACUGUUACCUUUAAUGAUCAGGGUGGGAACAAUGACCUCUGCUGUAGGGACUCCUUCUGAAGCUAAUUUAAAUGUCACCUCUAUCCAUCCUGUGUAUGGCAUGUCUCCCCCAUUAGCUGCAAUGAGGUUUAAAGUUUCAUCAGCUUCAAGAAGUUCAGAAAUGUCCCUUAAUGUUACAUGUGGUAAGUGCUCUGUUUUCCAUUGUUCACUCACUACAGUCACUUGUGAGCCAGAGUCCCACAGAGCUCUAACCUGCUGACCUUGAAUAUGGCAGUCAAUUAAAUAUCUCCUUCCAACUAGUGGAGCGACUUUGACCUGUUUUCUCUUUUGUGGUGUAGUUUGGACUGUAUUGCAUGAGGUUGUUGUACAUUGAUUCCUGUGGACUUCCAUAUGUUCAUGUUGACAUGUUUUUGAACAGUAUAACACACCUUUACAUGUUGCACAUUGUCUCAGCCUCACAUUUCUUCCACGUACACCACACUUUGCACAGACUUGGGGCACGAUUGAUGAGACGGUCACUCCCUGCCCCGCUGGGGUGACCCUUGCCCAUUUAAACCACUCCCUCUGAAUGGACCUGAUCUUCCCAUUCUGCAACCAGCUGCGAAGUGUUCACUACUGCCACACUUGAAGCAGUGAAUGCAAUCUUCAGUGUUUGUCUGCUGGCAAGCAUAACAUCUUAUUCUACGGCGUGGUGCAGGUGUGGGCGGAGCAUAUUGAUUGCCAAACCUUUGGUUGAGUUGAGGAUAGCAGUGUUGUGCUGCGGGGGCAGGAGUGGCCCAGUGUCUCUGUGGUGGGUGAUAGUGAACUGGUGCUGACUGAUGUGGAGGGCAGUCUGGUGCAGCUGAUGGAUCUGGGUGCUGUCUGGGGAAGUAAGAAGGCUGCUGCAUAGACUCUUUAAUGGAAGCCACUUCAGCUUUAAGAUCUUUUAAGAGGGACAUGUUAGCUUUCAUCUCCUGCAGUUCUGUGAGAAUAUCAGUUUGAUUCUUAUUGUGGCUUGUUUUCUCCUUCUUUUCAGCUGGAGUGUGGUCAGACUGAGCAGAGUGAACAGCUACAGGUCGCUGUGGUGUUGUCAUUUUUUUCUUGUCUUGCCUCUCACUUUCGUAGGCACAUGCAGUAUUCAGUUUCUCAAACAGGAGUUCAUCAGGAACACGAGCUUGCUCUAGAUAUGGUUGGAGAUCCCGUUUGAUAUUAUCAUUCUGCAAGCCAGUCAUAACUGAGUGAAGGAACAUGUUCUGCACUAGCACUGGGUCGUACCUUAAGCCUGACUCCGCCUCCUGUGAGGCAAACAGAAUCUUCUGUCUUAGAUCGAGAGCACGGAUGAGGAAGUUUUGAGAAGUCUCUUUUGUGCCUUGGACUUCAGAUGACAGCUGCUUAUAUAAUUCUGUGGCACUCUUUUCUUGGUAAUGACAGCGGAGUAUUCUUCUCAAAGUCGGUAACGUGAGGUCACUUUUCCCCUCUAAGUAGCUGCGUAACUGCAUUCCUGGAACAAUGGCUCUUAUGACAGCAUCAACAAUUUCAGUCUCUGGGAAACCUUUGAGAAGGCCAUGCUCAAUCUGUCGGGCUAAGCUGGAAAAUGUGAGGCGGUCCUUUUGUCCUGGUUCUCCAAUUUGUCCAGCUAUUUUAAAUUCUUUGUGCCAGGAGAUAGGGGUUUGAGGUCCUUUUGGCUCUUCCUUUGGUACUGGUUUAUUACAGAUCUUGUCUACUUCGUCUUUGAAGGAGAGGAGCUCUGCCAUUCCCAUAUCCUCGAGUUGCUCUAGCUCCUCUCUCUGCAGGUGGUUACUUAUCAUUGUAAUUAACGAUGCUCUAUUUUUUCCUUCCACAUGUUUAAGAGCAUCUCCAGCAAUAGCAAGAGAGACACACAGUUCUUUUAGAUUGUCUGCUGACAGUUUACAUAAAAGUCCAAUUAGUUCCAACUGCAAUGUCUCUAUCUCAGUUGACUCCAUUAUUGCUGUGGCAACGACUCAGUGUACUGUUGCAGUGGUAGUUUGUGUGCUAAACCUUGGCAAUGGCGCUCCUGGUGCUUUAAGUCCACCUCAGAUUGCUUGUGCUGUGUUGUAGACACUCCAACCGUCACCGUUUCAGUCACUGGAUGCUGCCUCCCUGGGUAAGUUGAACGGGACUGAAUGAGAGCUGGGGACGUCUGUCGCCGGCAGAAGUCGAACCUCGUCUCACCCGAUCCCAGCGGUGCCUCCAAAAUGUUACACCCCUGUAGAGGGGGGAAUAUUGAACAGAAACACGGACACGAUGUUCACUCAUUCAAGUCCAGUCUGUAAUGGCUGAAUGAAAGAACGUGUCUCCCCAGGCAAAAGUAGUUGAAACCCGAUCAGUAACUAAAACAACAAUUAAGCAUUUUUAAAACGCAGGUACUAAAGAAAAACAACAUAAAACCAGGAAGUAUUUUCCAAACAAGCAUUAGAAUGUUUUUGACACAGAUUACUAUUUUUUUAAUUUGUCUUUUUAGACUCUUUUGCACCAGGCAACAGUAAUAGAUGGCAGAUCACCUUAUCACAGCUUGGUUUGUCUUCAUACCCUUUUUUAAACUUUGUAAAGUAAUUAGUUAUGAUGUUCUUUCUCCCUUUUUUUCUUACUUUUACCAGAUACUAUAAUAAAUUAAAGCUUUGUUUUUCUUCCUUCUCGUUUACUGUCUGCAUGUUCAUAUUUACAGCAAUUUUAUAACUACUACAUAGGCACUUCGGUCACUGUAGAUCAGGGGUGCUCAUUACGUCGAUCGCGAUCUACCGGUGGAUCAUGGAGGGUGUGUCAGUCGAUCCCCAGCCAGGCAUUAAAAAAAUAGUCCUAAAAAUGAGCGAUCAUAAAUCUUCACUAUGACGUCACUUUCGUUACUUGAUUGACAUUCACGGCACCCGAGGGUCUUCUGAGAUGAGGCUGGCUGCUGCCAGCUCAUUAUUAAGAAAAAAAUACCGACAGGAUGAAGGCGAGAAACACUUUAUUUCAACAGACUCUGUCGCCGUACCUGUUGUCAAAACUCCAAAGACCGACUGCACAGUUCCUGCCUUCACAAUAAAAGCUCUGCUUCAUCCUGCCUGCGCUAAGAGUCUCAGAAAGCUGGCGUGCACAAGCUAGCAAGCUACAGAGUUUGCCGCCAAUGUAUUUCUUGUCAAGUGUAUACAAAGGAGUACGGAAGCUGGACAAAUAAGAUGCCAAAAACCAACCACUUUCAUGUGGUAUUGGACAGAAAGGGUGACUUUUUUUCUCCUCCAUUUGAAAAUGCGGACGUUAUCAGCACUACUGUCUGAUUCCUAUCAAAGCAAGUCAUCAGAAUCAGAUGGCGGCCAAGCUUUACUAUGGAACAAAGAAGUCAAGCGAACACGGUUGGAUUGGACGACACAUACGAAGUACAGUGUAUUAUGCAGCGAACAUUUCGAAAGAUCAUGUUUCGAAGAGGGUCCCUUGCGAAUGGCAGAAAUGGGAAUCAGCACUCGUCGACUCGUGCUGAAGAAAGGUGCGAAGCCAACUAUUUUCGAUAGACCACGGACAAGUCCGGAGCACCCGACCCCCUCCACAAGCGGACAGACUGGGCACAUGAGGUCUGCAUUUGCCAAAAGGGAAAGGAAGAGGACAAUAGAUCAGAUCAUGGACAGUACGACUACGGCAUCAGUGGCGGAUGCGGUGGAUGAACCAAUGGCAAUGGCACUAGAUUUGCCUGAUGAGGAGGGCGAUCAAGAUCAGGGAAAUACAAGAGAACAAGGAUGCCAGACGGACUGGGUACCGAUUGGGACAGCACCAACAGCAAUGACCAGUAGCAAGAGCACCCAAACAGGGAAAAUACAUCAUAGAUCAAAGGGACACCAGGUGACCCCAGAUAUCCUCGAGAGGGUUAGAGCUCGGCCGGCCAGGGUUAGUGAAGUCCCAUUGUCAAGUGUAGCAGCUCCAUCUGACAGCCCCGAGAUGCAGACUAACAUAGCAGCUCCAGGUGUGUCUGGAAUGCAAGCCAAGCUACGACCACCUCCUGCAUUGUUUGAUGAAGGACCAGCAUCAAGUCCCACUGCGCCUUUUGUUGGUGGUUCUUCCGAUGACAGCUAUGUGCCGAGUGAGUCAACGACAUCGGAUCCGUGUCAAUCUGACGGGUCGCCAGAUCGCCCAUGUACUCACCAGAUGCGUGAAGAGGGCUGCCACAAGGAACCGAAGUACAUCAUCUUUGAGUCGUGCCUCCAGAGUCUCGUCAAGUGGUGUCACUGUCCAGUCUGUGGCAGCCAGGACAUAAGCCCUUCUUGGGAUUCGAACGGUACACAGCUGACCAUGACUCUUCAAUGUGCAUCAUGUGACCAGAGGAGUAGUUGGAGCAGCCAGCCAAACAUUGGCCCUUAUGCCGCGGGCAACAUCCUGCUGUCUGCUGGCAUCCUCUUCGCUGGGGCAUCUUCUGGCAAGGUGUUGCAAGUGCUGAACAGCAUCGGAGUGGUCACGUAUGUGAAGAGGACAUUUUUCAACCACCAGGAGCUCAUCCUGCAGCCAGCCAUCAAAAAGGUGUGGGAGGAACAGCAACGGACGCACCUCACCAUGCUGCAGGUGGAAGGCCGACCCCUCGUCCUUGGUGGUGAUGGGCGAGCAGACAGUCCGGGACACAGCGCCAAGUUCGGUACCUACACCACAAUGGAGCUUGUGGCCAAUGUGGUUCUCGACCUUCAGGUUGUACAGAGCAACGAAUGUCUUGGCAGCUACCAUAUGGAGAUGGAAGGACUGAAGAGGAUGGUGGAACUGCUGAUCAGCUGGGACCUGGAUGUCGGGGUGCUGGUGACAGACAGACACAGACAGAUCGCUAAAUGGAUUCGUGAAAACAUGCCCAAUACACGGCACUGCUAUGACAUCUGGCAUGUUGCAAAAUCCAUCGGAAAGAAACUGAAGGCCAUCGCCAAGCAUAAGGACUGUGAAGACCUGAAGCCCUGGGUGCAAAGUAUAAUCAACCACCUCUACUGGGCAGCAGUGUCUACACCGCCUGGAGAGGGGGAACUUCUGGUUGCCAAGUGGAAGUCUGUGGAGCGACACAUUCAGAACAUCCACAAGGACCAUGGCGACCUCUUCCCAAUUUGUACUCAUGGACAACUGCAACGGCAAAAGAAAUGGCUCAAACAAAGUUCACGCUCAGCAGUGAAACUGGAGGAGGUGGUCAACAACAAGUCCCUGCUAAAAGAUAUCGCCAUGCUGUCGGGUGAACACCAGACUUCCAAGGUGGAGGCGUUCCAUAGCCUUAUCAUACAGUUCGCACCGAAAAUGUAUGUCUUCUCAUACAUCGGAAUGCUGUGCAGGAACCUGCUUGCUGGGCUGCACUGGAACGAAAAUUCGAGCCGCCCUAUAGCCACUACACAAGCGGGUGCUGAGCGCUAUGCAGUACGCUACCCGAAGUAUAAAGCAGGGGGCCAUGUGGUCAAGAAAAUCGCGACAGAGCCAACAUACCGCUACGUAGAUGACUUGAUCAGGGAGGUUGUUGCUGGCUGCAGACAGACCCCUGACGAGAGAACACCACUCAGCGUCACUGUGGAUGUGCCUCCCUUCCUCUGCGAUGAACUGGAGAAGCCAGACAAGGAGGAAGCCAUCGCCAAGCACAGGAGUCGCUUCGGUAAGUGUGAAAUGCCCUCCCGGUAACAGUUAGAGAUGCUACCUCAGUAGAAGCAUUUAAGUCCCAUCUUAAAACUCAUUUGUAUACUCUAGCCUUUAAAUAGACCCCCUUUUUAGACCAGUUGAUCUGCCGUUUCUUUUCUUUUCUCCUCUGCCCCCCCCCCCCCACGUGGAGGGGUUAUUCCGGUGACCAUGGAUAAAGUGCUGGCUGUCCAGAGUUGGGACCCGGGGUAUACCGCUCGCCUGUGCAUCGGUUGGGGACAUCUGCGCUGCUGACCCGUCUCCGCUCGGGGUGGCCUCCUGCUGGCUCCACUGGACCCUCACUAAUAUGUUAGACCCACUCGACAUCCAUUGCUUUCGGUCUCCCCUAGAGGGGGGGGGUUACCCACAUAUGCGGUCCUCUCCAAGGUUUCUCAUAGUCAUUCACAUCGACGUCCUACUGGGGUGAGUUUUCCUUGCCCGUGUGUGGGCUCUGUACCGAGGAUGUCGUUGUGGCUUGUACAGCCCUUUGAGACAUUUGUGAUUUAGUGCUAUAUAAAUAAACAUUGAUUGAUUGACUGAU